AUGACUACCACCACCUCCAAUAAUGACAUGCAGUUGAAGACAACCCUGGUUCAUCAGUCAAUGACCAUCAUCCAUAACGAGCUCGAAGAUACAUACUGGCAGCUUGAACACGACGACCCUGCCAGGAGAUGGCGGGGUUCGAACAUUGUCAUGAAGCGUCAACUCUCAGCAAGAGCACGGGAUAUCGUAGAGCGACAAUGGAAUCCGAUAGGGGUCGUAGGCUCCUCAGAAUAUCAGCAGCACUUUCGCGACCUUGUUGCGCUCUACAAGACCGCCUUACAAGAUGAAAUCAUUUACCGCAUGAACUCGGGCCAAUCGCCGCACACCUCCGAUGAAAGUCCUCCUGCUUCCGAUGGAUCUGACGACUCGGAGAGUGACGACGGUGGAGAUCAAGGUCUUAUUGGUCAUGUUGUACCGAAGAUGACAAAUGCAACAGUCUUCCACAUCCAAGCUCAAGGGAAAUUCUACUGA